CGCAGCGGGAAAGACCCCGACUCCCGCGCGGGGUGUGGGCGCGCGCGUGCGCCGCCCGGCGUCCGCGGGGCCGGAGCGAUCCGGGUUCCGGGGGGCGGGCCGGGGAGCGGGCCGGUGCGUCAGCCUCACGCGCCGGGAAGGAAGCCGGCCCCAGGCCCCGGCGGCCGGCGCGGGCGCCGCGGCACGUCCGCAGGCUCCGCUGGGAGGUGGCGGCCGCUGAGAGGCGGGAGAGCCGAGGGCGGGCCGGGGAGGCGGCCCGGAGGUGGGGCGCCGCCGGGGGCCGGCCCGUGCGGGCUUCAUCUGAGGGCGCGCGGCCUGCGCCCGGGUGCUGGGGACGCUGAGGCGCGGGCGACGAGCUGGCGGAGCGGCUAUGGGCCGCGGCCGGGGCUUCCUGAUCGGCCUGCUGGGCGCCGUGUGGCUGCUGGGCGCGGGCCGCGGCGGGCAGCAGCCGCCGGAGACGGCGGCGCAGAGGUGCUUCUGCCAGGUUAGUGGUUACUUGGAUGAUUGUACCUGCGAUGUUGAAACCAUUGAUAAAUUUAAUAACUACAGGCUUUUCCCAAGACUACAAAAACUCCUUGAAAGUGACUACUUUAGAUAUUACAAGGUGAACCUGAAGAGGCCUUGUCCUUUCUGGAAUGACAUCAGCCAGUGUGGAAGGAGGGACUGUGCUGUUAAACCCUGUCAAUCUGAUGAAGUUCCUGAUGGAAUUAAAUCUGCGAGCUACAAGUAUUCUGAAGAAGCGAAUAAUCUCAUUGAGGAGUGUGAGCAGGCUGAGCGGCUCGGAGCAGUGGAUGAAUCCCUGAGUGAGGAGACGCAGAAGGCUGUUCUUCAGUGGACCAAGCAUGAUGACUCUUCAGACAACUUCUGUGAAGCUGAUGACAUACAAUCCCCGGAUGCUGAGUACGUAGAUUUGCUGCUUAAUCCUGAGCGCUACACGGGCUAUAAGGGACCAGAUACUUGGAAGAUAUGGAAUGUCAUCUAUGAAGAAAACUGCUUCAAGCCACAGACAAUUAAAAGGCCUUUGAAUCCUUUGGCUUCUGGUCAAGGAAAAAGUAAAGAGAAUACUUUUUACAGUUGGCUAGAAGGCCUGUGUGUAGAAAAAAGAGCAUUCUACAGACUGAUAUCUGGGCUACAUGCAAGCAUUAAUGUGCAUUUGAGUGCAAGGUAUCUUCUACAAGAUACCUGGUUGGAAAAGAAAUGGGGACACAACAUUACAGAAUUUCAGCAGCGAUUUGAUGGGGUUUUGACCGAGGGAGAAGGCCCGAGAAGGCUGAAGAACCUGUAUUUUCUCUACUUGAUAGAAUUAAGGGCUCUGUCUAAAGUGCUGCCUUUCUUCGAGCGCCCGGAUUUUCAACUUUUCACCGGAAAUAAAAUUCAGGAUGCAGAAAACAAAAAAUUACUUCUGGAAAUCCUUCAUGAAAUCAAGUCAUUUCCUUUGCAUUUUGAUGAGAAUUCCUUUUUUGCUGGGGAUAAAAAAGAAGCUCACAAACUAAAGGGGCAUGCUGUAGACGAGUCCACCUCGGAGCGUGUACGUUGGUCUCCACACCAUGAGGACUUUCGACUACACUUUAGAAAUAUCUCAAGAAUCAUGGAUUGCGUUGGUUGUUUUAAAUGUCGACUCUGGGGAAAGCUUCAGACUCAGGGUUUGGGUACUGCUCUGAAGAUCUUGUUUUCCGAAAAAUUGAUAGCAAAUAUGCCAGAAAGUGGACCCAGUUAUGAAUUCCAGCUAACCAGACAAGAAAUAGUAUCAUUAUUUAAUGCAUUUGGAAGAAUUUCUACGAGUGUGAAAGAAUUAGAAAACUUCAGGAACUUGUUACAAAAUAUUCAUUAAAGAAAAUAAGAUGAAAUGUGCCUGUUUCUGGACAGUGGAGGCCAAAGAGUGGGAUUUCAUUCAGAGGCGUAACAGAAGCGACAGUCUCAAGCCAAACAUUUUAUAUAAAGCUGCUUUUGUAAAAGGAGAAUUCUAUUAAGUAAACAGUUUGUUUUUUAAAAUUGUGCUAAGUCUAUGUAUUAUAUUGUGAGUAAAAGUUAACUUUGAUAAUGUGGUACAAAUUUUCAAGUUUAAUAGCGGAUAAAAGCAGGAUUAUCAAGUGCACAUAAGAUAAAACCAAGUAAAUUAUGUUUUAAGUCUUUCAAACUGAAGUUUUGUGUAAGAAAACAUAAUAUAAAAGUGUGGCAGAUGUGACCAGCCUUCAAUAGGAAAGGAAAUACACAGACGGCUCGAGCUGGGAGGGACUCCCCAUUAACCACCCAGGGCGUUUCAGUACACUCAGUUGCCAGGUUGUGCAAAUAAAAAUACAGAAUAUCCAGUUAGAUUUGAAUUUCAGAAAAACUAGCUUUUUUAAAAAAGCGUGUUGCAUGCAAUAUUUCAAGCUUAUUUAUACUAAAAUUUAUUCAUUGUUUGAAAUUCAGAUUUAACUGAAAGUCCUAUGUUUCAUCUGGCAACCUGAAAAUGUAUUGGUAUAAAAAAUGUCACUUUUAGGAUUCUACUGCUACUUAUUUUGGGUUGUUUUGGUGGUAGAAAGGUACAGUGAUCACAGGAGAUUUCUAAAGUUGUGAAAAAUUAACAGAUUAUAUAUUCUCAAGAUGCUGACCCUAAUCCUGAAUACAAUUUUGAGGAGACUUUAUUUUUAUAUAAUUUCAAAUUUACAGAAAUAUUUCAACAACAGGACAAAUAACUUUUGCCGACAGUCAGCAAGUUUGCUUUAUCCAUUCUGCUCUUUGGAUUUAUAUACACACAUACCAUUUUUCCCUCAGUCAUUUAGAAGUCUGUUCCAGGAUCAUGCCCCUUUAACCAUAAAACCUUCAGUGUAUAAAAGUGAGUAAUUUUCUAGAAAUGAUUUUCUCAGAAAAAAAAAACUUACAAUAAGCCUUAGAAUAAAGAAUCGUGUCAAGCUCCAACCUAAAGUUCUUGCGUUUUGUCGCUGUCUUUAUGCUUGAUCUGACACAGUGAUGAUUUUAGUUUUUUAUACACAAAGCUCAUUUUCCUUGCCUCCCUAAAGCUGCACUGUAACUCUGGGAGGUUUUCAUCAAUGAAAACUCUUUAUUGAUAAAAAUAUUUGAAGAGGUUUAGGAAUUAAUAUCACAAGUGAUUGUAAGGAAAAAGAAACUGUAUACCUCAAACUCAGUGUGCCCUCUGUGUGUGUGUCUUAGCAGGUGUGACACACUGAAAUGUCCCCUCGUUAGUAAAGCAGGGCUUGUGGAUGUAAUGUGUGCAAGUGUCAGUGUACACUUCUGUAUACUUCUCUGUGUCCCUCGUGGCCAGGAUCCAGUACAUCUUUGUUGGCCGUGAGUGAUGGACAUGCAUUCAGUGUACUUGAAGGGAAUCAUCAAAGGGCCUGUUUAACAGUGGGUGUCCUCUUUUCCUUUCCCCCUCAUUUGCUCUUGAGUAGGGCAGGAAAAAAAAAUAAAAGACAUGAACUCACUAAUUUAAACCAGUCGUCCUGGAGACUCAGAGGACUUGACGUGAUGGCCUUCUCUGAAAGUUUAAGGAUGCUUUCUGGAUUCUGAAAUACGGAAGAUGGAUGUAGAUGGCAACAUUAUGCAGAUACCUCGCUCACUCUCAUUUUAUGCCAUCCUCUCUCUCUCUCUUUUUUUAAAUAGCCAAUCAUUUUGAAAGAAUAUGCCUUUCACUUUGUCACCUCCCGCUUGCUCCAUAACUAAAAUCUGGUAUUUAAAGGUUUUCCCAUCACCUUUCUGUUACAUCGUUGUCUUACCAUCUCCAUUGCUGUUCCGGGAAGUGCUACACAGACCUGUCUACUUAGAACCAGCCUAUCUCCCUGCUGCCAUUGCACGGUAUUACCAGAAGCCCUCUGAAAACAUGACUCCCUCCUUAACACCGCUCUGUGACCUCCUGAACUUUCAGGAGAAAGCCAGACUCCUUUGCUUCCUGUACAAAUUCUUCUCAAAUGUCUUCCCCAUCCAGUGUUCUGAGAAAACAGGCUUAAGAGUUCUCCAGUGCCCCCAGAUGGUCAGGCCUCACACCUCGGUGAAUGCGGAUUCUUUGCAUCAAGUGCCGUAACCAUGUUGCUGCCAGGAAAAUUCCAGACAUGCUUGCAAGCCCAGCGGAAACAUCUCCACCGUGAAAUCGUACCUUCCUCUUCUCCGUCACCACUGUAAUUACAGCCUACCUCUACUGUAUCACUUACUGUACUGUAUUUGUGUUUCAAAGUCUCCUUUACUAGAAUGUGAGCUCCUUAAGGGCAGGAAAAGGAACUGUUCACCUGGGCAUCUCCAUGGGACAGCUGUUGGUAUAUGGACAUUUAAUAAAUGUUUGUUAAAUAAA